UACCACCAACUCUUAUGUGAGACAAAACAAACCGACCAAACAUGCUUUUCUUGGAGUUAAUGUCGCUUUCUUCCUUUCACUAAAUGUCACAUUAACGUGUAGACUUAUUUGGAAGAUUGUGGACAGUUUUCAAUGCAAAUUGUAUUUUAAUAAUAAUUUUGAGAUCAGUUAUUUAGAAGAUGUUCCAAAUAGAGAGAUGAGAGAUAGAGCUUAAGCAAUGAAGAAAAUGGAAGCGAAGAGAAGGAUAGUGUUAGUUCCGGUUCCAUUACAAGGUCAUAUAACUCCAAUGAUGCAACUUGGGAAAGCUCUUUACUUGAAGGGCCUCUCAAUUACUGUUGUUGAGGGACAGUUCAAUCGAGUAAGCUCUCCUUCUCAACACUUCCCUGGUUUUCAAUUUGUUACCAUACCAGAAAGCUUACCAGAGUCCGAACUCGAGAGACUCGGGGCAUUCCAUUUUGUGCUGAAGAUUAACAAAACAAGUGAGGCAAGCUUCAAGGACUGUAUUAGGCAGCUGUUGCGGCAACAAGGCAAUGAUAUAGCAUGUAUCAUCUACGACGAGUUCAUGUACUUCUGUGGAGCUGCAGCUACGGAAUUAAAGCUUCCCAAUGUCAUCUUGUGCACUCAAAGUGCUACAAAUCAUGUUUCACGCUGUGUUUAUAGCAAACUCAAUGCCGAGAAGUUCUUGGUCGACAUGGAAGAUCCUGAACUACGAGACAAGGUGGUGGAUAAUUUGCAUCCAUUAAGAUACAAAGAUCUCCUGCCUUCAGAUUUUGGGCCAUUAGAACCAGUUCUGGAGUUCCGUCGGGAAGUAGUUAACAAAAGAACAGCUUCAGCUCUCAUCCUUAACACGACCAGAUGUCUAGAGAGCUUGUCUCUGUCAUGGUUGCAACAAGAACUCGGAAUUCGAGUGUACUCAUUAGGCCCUCUUCACAUUACAGCUUCAGCACCAGGAUCUAGUUUAGUGGAAGAGGACAUGAGCUGCAUUGAAUGGCUGAACAAUCAGAAACCGAGGUCAGUCAUAUACGUAAGCGUGGGAACCAUACAUCUAAUGGAAGCCAAGGAAGUGUUGGAGAUGGCUUGGGGGUUGUGUAAUAGCAACCAACCUUUUUUAUGGGUCAUCCGGUCGGGUUCCAUCCAUGGCUUCAAUGGGAUAGAGUCAUUGCCAGAAGAAGUCGGUAAGAUGGCCUUAGAAAGAGGAUACAUUGUGAAGCAGGCACCGCAGAUAGAAGUACUUGGACAUCCUGCAGUGGGAGGCUUCUGGAGCCAUUGUGGAUGGAACUCAACACUGGAGAGUAUUGUGGAAGGAGUUCCAAUGAUUUGCAGGCCUUUUGACGGUGAGCAGAAGUUAAACGCAAAGUUUAUAGAAACUGUUUGGAGUGUAGGGAUUCUGCUCGAAGGUGAAGUGGAAAGAGGAGAGGUCGAGAGAGCUGUGAAGAGGUUGAUCGUGGAUGAUGAAGGUGCAGGAAUGAGGGAGAGAGCCCUUGUUCUAAAAGAGAAGCUCAAAGCCUCUGUAAGAAGUGGAGGCUCCUCAUACAAUGCAUUAGAUGAGCUUGUCAAGCAGUUGAAAAUAGAGUGAAGAAGUUGAACUUCAUGUAUUAUAAGAGAGCUUUGAUUAGUAUAAAUCAAGCUUGAUGUUGCAUAUUUUUCAAAGUUAUUGGAAACAGAGGAAAGAGGUCCAAGCUUUAAGAAAGUCAAUUGACCAAAUAAAAUGUUUUAUUUUUAUU